GGAGUUGAAAAAGCGAGCCCACGAUAUUCCUGCGCCACGUUGGCACGUGGCAGGUGCUAUCCCUAGACUGUUCGUUGCUGUCAUUAACAAAAAGCACAAGCCUAAAAUGGUAAUUCCCCACCUUCCCCUUCGUCGGUUAGCUCUGGCGCUAAGCAAAGAGAGAAAGAGAGGAAGAAAUGGAACUAUUCGACUCCUCACCAAACACAAACUCUCUCUCAACAGAUAGAUAGAGAUAGAGAGAGAAAGGAGAGCCUACUUUGAAACGAUUUGAGGCGCUGUAGAGUUUUCUGCUCAUCUGACUUUGUGUGAAUCUACCAUAUAUGUGUAAGGGAAAUGGAAAGGUGAGAAGCUCAGGCUUCUUGCUUCAAAAUGUUCAUAUGCUUUUGAAUCUCAGGAGAUCAUUGCAUUUAAUUUGAUCCUGAAGGCUUAACUGGACAGAGUGUAGGGGGUGGGUGGGUUGGGGCACAAAUGGGAGCCGUUGGUGGAGAAGAGUUGAUGAAGUCCGACAAAAUGCAUGGGACUGGACUUGGAGGAGGCGAGAAGAUCUUGGUGUUGGUGAGGUUAAGGCCUUUGAGUGAAAAAGAGGUUUCAAGGAAUGAAGUUUCAGAUUGGGAAUGCAUUAAUGAAACCACCAUCUUGUAUAGGAAUAGCCUCCAGGAGCGCUCCGGACUACCAUGUGCUUAUACUUUUGAUAGAGUAUUUAGGGGUGACUGUUUAACAAGAGAAGUGUAUGAGGCAGGAACAAAGGAUAUUGCUCUUUCAGUUGUGAAGGGCGUUAACUCAACUAUUUUUGCAUAUGGACAAACCAGCAGUGGAAAGACUUAUACAAUGAAUGGAAUAACCGAAUACACAGUGGCCGAUAUUUAUGAAUACAUGCAAAAGCAUGAAGAAAGAGCAUUUGUGCUGAAGUUCUCUGCAAUGGAAAUCUACAAUGAAGUGGUUAGAGACCUCCUCAGCUCAGAUACUUCUCCUCUAAGACUGCUUGAUGAUCCUGAGAAAGGGACUAUAAUUGAGAAACUCACUGAAGAAACUCUGAGGGACUGGGAUCAUCUCAAGGAACUAUUAUCCAUAUGUGAAGCUCAAAGACAAAUUGGAGAGACUUACUUGAACGAAGCAAGUUCUAGAUCUCAUCAAAUCCUUAGACUUACAAUUGAGAGCUCUGCUCGUGAGUUCAUAGGGAAGGGGAACAAAACAACUCUUUCAGCUAGUGUGAACUUUGUUGAUCUUGCUGGGAGUGAGCGCGCUUCUCAGGCAUUAUCAAUUGGUCAAAGGCUUAAAGAAGGCUGCCAUAUCAACCGUAGUUUACUAACACUGGGAACUGUGAUUCGAAAGCUCAGCAAAGGAAGAAACGGUCAUGUAAAUUAUAGAGAUUCUAAGUUAACACGUAUUUUGCAACCUUCGUUGGGGGGAAAUGCUAGAACGGCUAUAGUAUGCACCUUAAGCCCUGCAAGGAGCCAUGUUGAACAAUCCCGAAAUACACUUUUGUUUGCUUGUUGUGCAAAGGAGGUUUCUACGAAUGCACAAGUCAAUGUAGUAAUGUCUGACAAGGCUUUGGUGAAGCAUCUACAGAAAGAGUUGGCUAGGUUGGAGAGUGAACUGAGAACCCCAGGGACUUGCUGUGAUCAUGUGGUAAUGCUUAGGAAGAAAGAUAUGCUGAUUGAAAAGUUGGAGAAAGAGAUCAAGGAACUAGCUAGACAACGUGAUCUUGCUCAAUCACGGAUUGAAGGUUUGCUGCAAAUGAAAGGAAAUGAUCAGGGUUCCAACCAAAAGUUGCAGAAAGAAAUUAGUUACCCUUCUGAAUCUAUAAUAGAGAAGGCAUGUGAUGAUUGCUCAGUUACUGGUUCAGAGAUUGAACUCAAUGAAGAGAGCGUUGUCUCAUCGGAUUUGAGUGAAAGUAGAAAUGGAGUUGCAUUUAGGAGCGAAGAAGAAGUUUCUGAUGAGCAUUGCAAGGAAGUUCACUGUAUUGAAGUGGAAGAUGAUUCUGGCAUCAUAAAUCAUACUCCUGAAUCUUUUAGUUUACUCAACAACGAAAACAGAGAGGAGAUUUCAGUAUCGCCUAGAGUCGGAAAUGUUUCUACUCAGGAGUUGUCAUCAACCUCAUCUGGACAAUCCAGUGACGCCAGAAGUUAUUUCAUCCCAGAAGUACUAGAGGAGCAGAAAAUGCCUGACAGGUCAUCUCAGUGGGCCGUGUCACGAAGUAUGCUAGAUUCCAGAAUCUUGAAGCUGACUAGAAGCAAGAGCUGUAGAGCUAAUAUGAUGGGCCGCUCAUUUUCUUCAUCCAUAUCUGGGUUGGAAGAACAAAAUUGUGGUGAGAAUACCCCACCCAAUGGUUUAGAGAAAGAUUUUCCUGGAAGACCUGAAGGCUUCCAAAGGAAACAGUGGAAACUUCCUCCAAUGAUCUAUGGAGCAGACAAUCCUCAACUCUCAAGAAACAAUUCUUUGUCUUCUUAUGGUAGUGCUUUCAUAGAUGAACUCAAUGGUAAGAGCACUGCUCCAGAAGAUGAAGAAAUCCCAAGUGUUGACACUUUUGUGGCUGGCCUCAAGGAGAUGGCUAAAUUUCACUAUGAGGAUCAUCAGGUUGAGGGUGUAAAUUUAAGGCGCAAUAGUUCCCAUAGGAGUAUGAAAGAUGUAGGAGGACUGGAUCCACCUGGAACUCCUUCGAAUUGGCCAUCUGAGUUUGAAAGGCUGCAAAAACUGAUAAUUGAGCUUUGGCAGAAAUGCAACAUAUCAUUGGUCCACAGGACAUAUUUUUUCUUGCUCUUUAAAGGUGACACAACGGACUCCAUAUACAUGGAGGUAGAGGUUAGAAGGCUUUCCUAUCUCAACGGUUCAUUUUCAAAUGGAACUCCAGCAGUGCAAGGUGGCAAACGGCUCACACUUGCAUCAAGCCUCAAAGCAAUUUGCCGCGAGCGGGGAAUGCUAAGCAGGCUUAUCUAUAAAAGGUUUACUGAACAUGAGAGGAACGACAUGUACCAAAAGUGGGGUAUAGCCUUGAACUCCAAACGGAGGAGACAGAUAUUAGUCAACCAUUUGUGGAGCAGUACGGACAUGGAUCACGUAAGAGAGAGUGCUGCAAUUGUUGCAAAGCUUAUUGGGUUCUCUGAGCAAGGAGGAGAGGCCCCUAAGGAGAUGUUUGGGCUUAGCUUUUCUCCACAUGUGACUCGUAGAUCCUUUGGUUGGAGGAUCAACAGUGUGGUAUCCCUCCUUUGAAUGAGCAAGGAUGAUCAUUGUACAUGGUAUUCCCCUCCUUUGAAUGUGUCCAUCUAGUAGACAUUUAGAAAAACUGAAGCUCAUUUCUAUGGGCUAAUCUGCAAUGUAUCUAUUAGUGGAAUGGCAAAUUGGUAAUGCGUUGCAUUGUUGAUUGGUUAGAAUAGCAUGACUCUAUCUGUAUUUCCUGUGCUGGAGAUUGAACCUUAUUGAUCAUCCCUGUCUCAUGUGUGGUGUACAUUGAAUGAUUUUCUGAUACAAGAGUUACAAAAACAGUUUAACCCC